GGGCGGGGCGGGGCGGGGCACGGUACGGCGAGGCGCGGCGCGGCGCGGCGUGGGCGCGCACGCGCCUGAGCGCGCGCCCGUGGGCGGGCCGGACUCGGCGCUUGCACCCCCUUGGGCAGCGGCUAGGCGCCCGCUCCGCCUUCCGCUUCCGACGCGCGGUCGGUGGAGCCGGUGUAUGUGCGGCAAUAACAUGUCGGCUCCGCUGCCCGCCAUCGUGCCCGCCGUCCGGAAGGCCACCGCCGUGGUGAUUUUCCUUCAUGGAUUGGGAGACACAGGGCAUGGGUGGGCAGAAGCCUUUGCAGGUAUCAGAAGUGCCCACAUCAAGUACAUCUGCCCGCACGCACCAGUUAUGCCUGUAACAUUAAAUAUGAACAUGGCCAUGCCUUCUUGGUUUGACAUCAUUGGGCUUUCACCAGAUUCACAGGAAGAUGAAACUGGAAUUAAACAGGCAGCAGAAAGUGUAAAAGCUUUGAUAGACCAAGAGGUGAAGAAUGGCAUUCCUUCUAACAGAAUUAUUUUGGGAGGAUUUUCUCAGGGAGGAGCUUUGUCUCUGUACACGGCACUGACCACACAGCAGAAGCUGGCUGGCGUCACCGCUCUCAGCUGUUGGCUGCCCCUGCGGGCUUCCUUUCCACAGGGUCCUAUCAGUGGCGUGAAUAGAGACAUUUCUAUUCUUCAGUGCCAUGGAGAUUCGGAUCCUUUAGUUCCCCUAAUGUUUGGUUCUCUUACUGCUGAAAGGCUAAAGACAUUGGUAAAUCCAACCAAUGUAACCUUCAAAACCUAUGGAGGCAUGACGCACAGUUCAUGUCAACAGGAAAUGAUGGAUGUCAAGCAGUUCAUUGAUAAACUCCUACCUCCUAUUGAUUGACGUCACUAAGAGGCCUUGUGGAGAAGCGCACACCAGCAUCAUCGUCAUAGAGUAUAAAGUUUUUUCUGUGCCCGAUCUUGAAACCUCUGAUGUUUGCAGUGUUAAAAUGUUUUGCAAAUACACACCAAUGACACAGACUAAAAAAUCUCCUCAUGGGAAAUUUAUGAUCUUUUAAGUUUCUAUGUAUGUAUUUGUAUAACAUGAUCCAGAAUAUAUUAGUAUUAAAGUAGGUGAAGCAGGUAGCUUCUUUCUCUCAUAUGUAAUUCAGCAAAAUAAUAAAAUACUGUAACCAGAUUUUUUAUUACAUCACUUGAAAAUUAUUAGUAUGCUUAAUGAAAACCUGCUCAGGUAUAAAUGAGCAGUUAAGACAUAAAAGGUCUAUGCGUGCUGUGACUUAAGGCUCUGGACUUAUUCCCAAAUUACUUAGUCACCAUGCAGUAUCUGUAUUUUUAUAUAUGUGUUCAUAUGUACUUAAUGAUUAUAAUGCAUAAUAAGAAUGAGGUGUUAUUACAUUAUUCCUAAUAAUAGGGAUAAUGCUUCUAAGUGUCAGUAAAAAGAAAUAUUGCUGUCUUCAAUUAAUGGCCCUCUUAUUUUGGGGACCAGGUUUUUCUUUCCUGAAUAUAAUUUCUAUUUAAUACUCUUUUUUCCUCUCUAGAAAAGAAAAGUGUUCUUUCUUCUUUUUUAUCCUUCAUAACAGACCAAAUAUUGCCUACUUGCCAUGGACGUCUGCUGUCAAUAUGUGCUGUAAUUUGACAUUCCGAAUCACAGACGUGAUGGCACUGAAAGUGUAUUUAUACUUGUAGAAAGAAGCCAGGCAUCCCUUCAAAGUUUCUACACUACUUCUUAAACUGGACCUUUGUCUGCAGCUUAGGCCUGCAGAGUUACAGGUAACGAGGAUAAUUCUGUGGUUGUAUUUUUCUGUAAUUAACUGAAAGAAUAAUUAGGUCAUAUUCUAGUAUGUUCCGAAAUAUUUAAGACUGAUCUUACAAACUGUAAUUUCUAAGAUGAUUUGUUCUAAGAUGAUUCUUCUCAUAGCGUAGAGUUUUAGUUUACUUAUUUUGCACAUAUGUUUGAAACCGACUGCUGUAGGAAAUGAACAAUCCAUUUGAAAAAUUUGCUUUACUUUUAUCUGCCAGUGGACUUAUUUGAAAUUUUCACUGUAGUCAGAGAGGAUCUUUUUAAGUUAGUUUCUGUGCAAACAUGAAAGUAGCAAUUAUUUGAUUUUAAAUAGAUUUUUCAGAUUAUUGGUUAACAUUAUUUGAAAACAAGUUUAUGGGUAAUAAAAGCUAGUCAGAACUCAGUACAUAUGGUGUAGUUACCACCCAGUUUAAUAUGUAGCAAAAAUGUACGCCUGAUAUUUCUGAACUGUUGUUAAUUUUUCUGCUGUAUUCCAACUGACUAGAACACCGUUACGAACGCAUCUUUAUAAAUGGGUGCUACUUGAUGAUGGAAAUGAUUUCGUAUGGACAGCGUAGGAUGUUAAUAAUGAAGCCAUACGUUUAUGUCUGGAUUUACAGUUUUUAAACAAUCAUUUACUAAGUCAUUUUGCUUUUAUCUUGAAGAAUGUAAACUGUUGUUUCACUUACACAAAUCAGCAAGAUCUAAUUUAUGGCAAGAAAUAGAUUCCAUUGAAAUGUGCUGUAACGUGGGAAAAUGUAAAUCUUUUUCACGGUUUCUAUCAAUGUGAAAUAAAAUGUAAUUCUGA